AGAAUGUUAAGCUUUGAAGAGACUGGGUUGAUCGCAACCAUGAACCACGUCGUGUGUUCAAAUUUAACAGCGCACCACGGCAUGAUCUACAUGGACGCUAUCACUGAAGGCCCGCUGCAUCCAGUGCCCACUACCAACCCGCUGCACUUCGGAAUCUGUGCUCUCACCAUCACGCCCAACAGUGAGCCCAAUGCAGGCGUGACGCUGCGGUGGGUUGUCUUGUACCGCUACAACUUGAUGCCGGAUGACCCUGCGCUCAAGAGCGACCUGGAGCUCAGUCGUCCAAUCCUCAAUGGCGACUUGAUCACGUCCGCAAUUUGUAGUUAUCUCCAGAUGCAGCAAUCC